AUGAUGAUCAAGGUGAAGACCCUGACGGGCAAGGAGAUUGAGAUCGACAUCGAACCCACCGACUCCAUCGAGCGUAUCAAGGAGCGCGUCGAGGAGAAGGAGGGCAUCCCGCCGGUCCAGCAGAGGCUGAUCUUCGGAGGUAAGCAGAUGAACGACGAUAAGAUCGCGAAGGACUAUAACAUCGAGGGCGGUUCGGUGCUUCACCUGGUGCUGGCGCUGCGCGGGGGUUGCUGA